AUUUUGUCCUUCGCCAUGGUGGUGUUGUUUCACUGAUGGUGUGGCAGGUGACCCAAGGUGGGAGCCCCAAGAAGGGAAGACAGAGCCCCCGAGGCCCAGGACCUGGUCCACCCAUCACCUCUGGAUGGUGGUCCCUGGGCCUGGCUUGGCCACCUAUGCGCACUCAGACCCCAAGUGGGAGGUGGCCCAGCCUAAAGGCGGAGCACUGGUUGUGAAGUCCUAGCCUGAGCCUGCUACAGAGCCACCUUGGACAAGUGUGCUGCUCGCUUCUCUCAGCCUGUUUCCUUGUUUGCAAACUGGAUAACGAGGCCGUGUUCUGACCCUGAUUUGCCCCCGGAAGGCUCUAAGGCAGCUUUGUGGCAUGGUGAUUCUGAGGAUUACGGAAUCAGAUACAUGGGAAAGGGUGAGCUUGGUUCCUCACAGGGCACAGGCAAGAUACUUUGGAAACUGGGGCUGUUGACACAAUUGUAUUUUUUUAGACUUUUUAUUUUAAAAAAAUUGAAAAAACUUUCAGAAAAGUUGCAGGAGUAUUACAGUGACUUCCCGUCUCCACAUCCACUUAGAUUUUCCCAUUGUUAACGUCUGCCACACCUGCUUCAUCUCUGUCUAUAAUAUAUAUAUAUAUCGUCAGCAGAGUCACAUCAUAUUCUCCUUAGGCUGUUUUUUGCUGAAUCAUUGGGGAGUAAGUUACUGGCCCAAUGCCCCUUUACCCCUAAGCUUUCUGCGUAUAUUUUGUAAGAACAAGGCCAUUCUCUUACCUAACUCUAGCACAAUCAUCAAACCCCGGACAUUUAACAUUGACACAGUUCUAUUAUCUUAUCUGCAGGCCUUAAUGGCAUUUUGCCGAUUACAUGUUUACAACAACUUUUUUUUUGUCCCAGUUCAGGAUCAUAGUAAUGUUUUUUAAAAGGAGUUUAAUGGGGCAGGAAAUUGCCCAUUCUGCGACCAUCUUGUUCACCCUGGUUUCGAACGUUGUCUUGGUUACUGUAGGGCUAUGAAAGUCUUUCAGUCAGGACAUUCAGUAAGAAAUCCAUUUUACAACAGGAUGCAGUGAGAGCUCACACACGUAGACGUGUGAAACCGAAACCAGAGUUUCACCACACAGCCCUGUGCUCACCAUCUGCACUGUCUGUUCCAUUUGGGUCUGUUCCAUAAACAUGAUCGUCCUGACUCUGCAUUGAUUGCACGGCCUGCUAGUGGAUUCUGCUCUGGAAUUUGAAGACUUUGGCUUCCUGGGCAGAAAUUUCUAGGAGCUGAGCAGUAGCUGCUGUUAGUCACCAUCUUGUAGUGCUGGAAGUUGCUGUCGCCGCUGCACCAACAUCUGCAACCUGACAGAAUUAGAUAUGAAUCCGGUCCACCCAGCCGCCAUGCCCUAGAGCAGGGCCAGGCUGCAGUCUGACUGCUGUGCUGUCACUGGCCCCCAAACAACAGGAAAACAAAACCAAAUUCUCAACGGGAUGAGCCAACGGUGUGUCCAGGGAAGACACAGAUGACUCGCAGAAAGCGAGGAGAUGGCCACCAAGGAGAAGCUGCAGUGCCUGAAAGAUUUCCACAAGGACAUCCUGAAGCCGUCACCAGGGAAGAGUCCAGGAACGAGGCCCGAGGAUGAGGCAGAAGGCAAGCACCCGCAGAGGGAGAAGUGGUCCAGCAAGAUCGACUUCGUGCUCUCUGUGGCUGGUGGCUUCAUCGGCUUGGGCAACGUCUGGCGUUUUCCGUACCUCUGCUACAAAAAUGGUGGAGGUGCAUUUCUCAUACCAUAUUUCAUUUUCCUGUUUGGCGGCGGCCUGCCUGUGUUUUUCCUGGAGGUGGUCAUUGGCCAGUACACCUCCCAAGGGGGCAUUACCUGCUGGGAAAAGAUCUGCCCCUUGUUCACUGGCAUUGGCUACGCCUCCAUCGUGAUCGUGUCCCUGCUGAACGUGUACUACAUCAUCAUCCUGGCCUGGGCCAUGUAUUACCUGUUCCACUCCUUCCAGACGGAUCUGCCCUGGGCGCACUGCAACCACAGCUGGAACACUCCCAACUGCAUGGAGGACACUAUGCGCAAGAACAAGAGCAUGUGGAUCGCCGUCGGCACCACCAACACCACCAACUACACCUCCCCUGUCAUCGAGUUCUGGGAGCGCAACGUGCUGAGUCUGUCCUCUGGAAUCAACCACCCCGGUGCUCUGAAGUGGGACCUUGCUCUCUGCCUCCUCCUUGUCUGGCUGAUCUGUUUCUUCUGCAUCUGGAAGGGCGUCAAGUCCACGGGGAAAGUCGUGUACAUCACAGCCACUUUCCCAUUCAUCAUGCUCCUGGUGCUGCUGGUCCGUGGACUCACACUGCCUGGGGCCGGUGCAGGCAUCAAGUUCUAUCUGUACCCCGACAUCUCCCGCCUCGAGGAUCCCCAGGUGUGGAUUGAUGCUGGGACGCAGAUAUUCUUCUCCUAUGCGAUCUGCCUGGGGGCCAUGACCUCUCUGGGAAGCUACAACAAGUACAAGUACAACUCGUACAGGGACUGUAUGCUGCUGGGAUGCCUGAACAGUGGUACCAGUUUUGUGUCUGGCUUCGCAAUUUUUUCCAUCCUGGGCUUCAUGGCACAAGAGCAAGGGGUGGACAUUGCUGAUGUGGCUGAGUCAGGUCCUGGCUUGGCCUUCAUUGCCUACCCCAAAGCUGUGACGAUGAUGCCGCUGCCCACGUUUUGGUCCAUUCUUUUUUUUAUCAUGCUUCUCUUGCUUGGACUGGAUAGCCAGUUUGUUGAAGUUGAAGGACAGAUCACGUCCUUGGUUGACCUUUACCCAUCCUUCCUAAGGAAGCAUCGGGAAAUCUUCAUCGCCCUCGUGUGUUGCGCCAGCUACCUGCUGGGGCUGACAAUGGUGACAGAGGGUGGCAUGUAUGUGUUUCAACUCUUUGACUACUAUGCAGCUAGCGGUGUAUGCCUUUUGUGGGUUGCAUUCUUUGAAUGUGUUACUAUUGCCUGGGUAUAUGGCGCUGAUAACUUUUAUAACGGUAUUGAGGACAUGAUCGGCUAUCGGCCUGGGCCCUGGAUGAAGUACAGCUGGGCUGUUGUCACUCCAGUUCUCUGUGUUGGAUGUUUUAUCUUCUCUCUCGUCAAGUACCAGCCCCUGACCUAUAACAAAGUCUACGUGUACCCUGACUGGGCCAUUGGGCUGGGCUGGGGCCUGGCCCUGUCCUCCAUGGUGUGCAUCCCCCUGGUGUUCCUCAUCUCCCUCUGCCAGGCACGAGGCCCUCUCUCCGUGCGAUUCAAGUACCUGCUGACCCCGAGGGAACCCAACCGCUGGGCUGUGGAGCACGAAGGGGCCCUCCCCUACAACUCGUCCUCCACUGUCAAUGGCGUUCUCAUGAAGCCGACCCACAUCAUUGUGGAGACAAUGAUGUGAGCUCUCGGGUCGACAGGCCGCUUUCCUGCUGUUUACUAACAUUAGAUUCUCAUAGGACCAGGUUUACAGAGCUUUACAUUUGCACUAGGAUUUUUUUUUUUUUAAUUGUCACAGAAAAUGUUAUCGUGUGUGUGUGUGUCUGUGUGUGUGUGUGUGUGUGUGUGUGUGUUGUGCGUAUGUGUUUUGUUUUGAUCUGGGGAUAUUUUGUACAAAAAGAACCCCCGCCACCCCGGGCAGAUAUCUGGGGAGCGACAGAGCUUUCGUACCGAAUUAGAUGUAUUUUAUGGGAACUUGUUAAAUUUUUCUCUGUAUUUUUUUUUUUUUUACAUCUAACUAUAUAUACACUUAGAGAUUGUUGUACACUUGACCGCUUGAAUUGAUCUUCUUGCCAGCAAUAGAUCUAAUUUCAAAAGCAAUUCUUCGGUGCUUGUGUAGCUGGCAGAAUGUUCUGCCCCAAACACCCAGGGUGGAAUUUCCCUGAGGCAGCAGACCUACUUCAAAGGUGUAGUACCUUCCAAAGCCUGGUUCAGGUGGAAGAAAACAGCAGGGGAGAGGGCCCCACCAGCAGGCCAAAUCCAAAGGGGCUGAAGGAAAGUAGGGUCAUAAGGUGACACCUUAUUAAACUGGUCCUGAGCCCCAAAGAGAUGCCAAAAUACCGAACCAAUCCCUCCAAGAAAGAUGAGGCCUUCUUCAAGAGCCUGAUUCUGAGAGCAGUGGAAACCAUUGCACCAGGAGCCAAAUCCCACCUUCUACUUUGAAUUUGAGAGAGGAUUGUGUGUAGGACUGUCAGCACCAUUUAUCUAAGAGGGAGAAGCGAGAGAUCUGAGAGAGCCAGUGAGAAUGAGCUUGGGUUUGGGAGCCGUUGUGAGGCUCCAUACUAGACUCAGAGGAGGCAAGGCCAGGGCGCGGUCCUUCCUGGGUUUCCUUGGGUGUAUCUGUUGCACUGGAUAGGGAACAUGGUAGAUUCAGGUUGCUCCUCUGGGAGCUGCCUGUGGUAAACUUGAUGUGUAUGUAGUUAGGGACGGGGUGAGGCAGGAGGGCAUGUGGACCAAAGGGCAUGGGGCCCGCGUUUGGAUGUGUUGCUGUGGCUAGGGGUGCUUUUCCUUCCUCAUCUCCCCACCCUCAAUUCUGACCUCACCUCCCAGAGGCUGGGAAACCCCUGACCAGCUUUUGUUAAAGACACAUUCCCGGGGCUGCCCUAGCUCCUAGCAAGGAAUGCCAAGAACGUCUUUUGAGGUUGGAUCUUGGAUUCAGAUCAAGUGCUCUUCAAAGCAGGAAGUGCUCUCCUCCUUCCCCUCCUCCUCCCAGUUCAGGGCCAAGUGCAGCCCUCGGUGCAGCCCUGGGAUAUAAUAAAACUCUCCAUUUCAAAACCCUUCAAUAGAUGGUGUCAGACAUACUCUAUGUGGGGACUGAGGAGAUGGGUAGGGGAGAGUUAUCGAGGAGGUUGGACUUGUCCAGGGGGCUGGCACCCCAGAACUGGCUUGACCAACAGCCUUAUGCAGAGUGGACUUCCUUCUUGAACCAGGAAAGAAGGUACGACACCUUUAAAAUCACACCUACAGACACCACUCUCAACUUGCCCCCAUUUGGAUAUAAACCGUGCCAUUUAAACAGUCGCUUGCAAGUUCAGAGUCUAGACUAAGCAGAAACAUUGUCAAGUCCAAAGGCAGCGACUGCCUGGAGGGGUGUGGAGAGUGAAGUCUGUCUCAGGUUUUCCGAGCAGGAGCUCUCUGGACCCCGGAAUCCACCAGAUGCAGGAAGUAGAGGAGCCUUGGUGUCCCUCUCCCAAGGGCAGAGGCAAUGCCAAACCUCGUCUUUGGCAAGUAUACACAUUUGCUGUUUCCAAAGCUAUAUACUCUGCCAAACGGCAUCCAAUCUUAUUCCAAAGCGUGAACAAUUCUAACGUGUUCCUGUUUUUCUGUGUAUUUAUGUUUGCCGCCAUGUCUGGUUUUAUUUUACUGUGUUGUCCUAAUUUGAGUAGCAAUGUGACCUAUUUUCUUUUGUCUUAUGGAACUUUAGUAAACUAACCACUGUCAUGAUUGGGGACAGGUGACAUGUGGGUGAGUAGCAGGGCUUGGCGAGCUGUGGCUACCUGGGCAUUUAUGGUCAUUUCAGUCCGCAACAUCUCCCCCCACCUCCCACCGGGGAUUUGCACCCUAGGUGAGAGGCUGCAGUAUUUUGGGUUGGUAGGCAAAUUGCAACAUUCUGGAAAUCGCCUGAGGAAGGCGUCUUCUUAUAAGUUUCCCAGACCAAAUUCUAGACCAAAGACACAUGCAGACCAAGUCUCCAAGCCACCAGGCUCUGCCUGGAAGGAGGUUGCCACUCUUCCCAAGCCCGGUCCUUAACCCCCUCCUGGGGCACCUGUCUCCAAUACAAUCCCUCUUCCCCAACCCUUGGCUCUUGCGAACCUCCAGAACUUGGCUCUAUGAGUACAAUGUGUAACAAUGCUCAACUUUUAUGUCUCCAUAUAAAUGAAACUUUUCACUAGAGCUCAUGACUCUAGUCCACCUGUCUCUGGAGAAUGGCCAGAUCUGGAAGGGAGGGAGGACGGAGUCAAAAGAAUUUCUUCAAGAUGCAGAAAUGGGAAAGGAUCCUAGGAUAAAUCCCCCCAGGCAGAUCAGCUGAGUUAGUCACUGCGGUCGGGGAUGGCCAGUGAUGGAGAGACCUCAAGGCCCCUAAUCCAACACCCUUGAAAAAUGGGGAAACUGAGGCCCAGAGAAGGGAAAGGACUUUUGCACAGAAAGCUGGGACCUGAACUGGACUUUGUCAACUACAACUUCCGGCUCUUCUGAUCUGGGGCACUGAGUGUGAAGGUGUGACCUGGACUAAAUCUGUGGCAUUCCUCAGUGCCCUCCCUGACAGCCAUGGAUGAGCCUUCACGGAAGAGGAAACACCAGCCCCCAGUGUUGAGGGGUGAGGUGAGCAACACCCCACCCCCUUCAACCAUCCUUAGCUGGCUGGACCCCAAGCUGUGGCCCAGGGAGGCAGGCGCCCUAAGCCUCAUCUACCCUGGUCUUACACCAACCCUCCUUCUUCCUGACGUUCCUCUGUGAGAUAGGAAUUGCACACAAGGAAACUGAGGCCCAAGGAAGUGAGUUGGUGUGCAAGAAGUACACUCCUUAGCCAAUGUUUAAAUGAAGGCCCCUCGGCUCCACACUCACCCUGGGGCCAUAUGGGAAAUACCCAGCCUCAGUCUUGGUUAAUUUUCCCUCUCACUAUCCUUUGUGUGAUGGGCAGUUCCUCUCUAUCCCCUGGUCCUUGGUUCUCCCCCUACAUCCCCAGCACACUCCAGAAGACAUGGUGAAGCACAACGGGAGAACAUGUCCCCAGGGCACUCUUGUACCACAGCCAGCAUCUGCCAACACUGCCCUUGUGGAAUGGGGAAAUGCUCUGGGCAGCCAGGGCUGAAGCCAGACUCACCUCCCUGCCCCACAAGACUCAGACAGUGAGCCUGAGAAGGACCCAAGAGAGACCCUCUUCAGGUGCCUGGAGAUCCUAUCCAGCCCUCAGACCCAAGCCCAGGUGGUCCAGGGCUUGCUGCCCAUGCAGAUGCUGUAAAGAACACUUGGUGCAAAAAUCCAACAAUGCAAAACCCCAAAACAAAAGCAAAACCCAGAUUUCAAAACUUGGAGAGGGGCGUGGGCGACCCAGAGGCCCGGGGACAGCAUCCCUUUCUCUCAUCCUCUUUCCCUCUCCCCCAGUGCCUGAUCCCGGAAUGCAUCUUGUUUCAAUAGGAAGCUAUUUUCACUGUUCUCGCGUGGAUGUCACUACAUACCGAUUGGACAUGUUCCCUGCGGGAUGGAGCAUCUUGUUAUGUAUAUUUGGCUUCAGGUGGACAUGUUGGCUCCAUUUUUUUUUUUUUUUAACCCAGUUAAUUUUCCAAUUCCUAGCAACUGUGACUCUGUAUUUAGCACAAGGGAAAGCUGAGAACGUGGGUCUUGCCUCCUUCCAGAAAUAUGUCUGGCUCAUCAGGACUUGUUUUGUUUUUAAACCUCAAAAUAUUUUUAAGAUAUUUUAAACUUUUUUAAACAAAAUCAACCAACGGGAGAUCUCCUGAAGAGGAAGCU